AUGUCGGCCUGGGCUGAAACUGACAAGCAGGCAGCGCAACUACCCCUCCUUUGUCCGAGAGAAGCCCAUCGCCGUGGCCCCCCAAUUUCCCUGAUUUAGAGGUCACGCCGCGAAUUGUCUUUCCUUUUAUGAUUAUAAAGGAAAAGAUGAUGUCAUUUAAAGGCAAACAAGACCAUUGAUCUGGAGGCCUCUGAAGCCUGUGUAAGGUAAGGAGACUGGGAAUAAUAGGAGGGGAGAGGAGAAGGAGGGGGAGACCCAGAGGCGGAGGGGGAGGGGAGAGCCACCUCCUUCCCUCUGGGCGGGGGGAGGAGGCGGAGGAGGAUCGGGCGCCAAUGGAAAGUAGCCUCCUGAUCUUGGGAGCGGGGAGGGAAGGGGGUUCCACUUUCCUCCCCCCCCCUUCUCCUCCUAAUGCCUGUUGGAAGCGAAUUGAGCAAUUAUCUAGUUUACCUUCUCCUCUUGGAAGUUAACGAUUGGCGGGAUCGUGGCUGCUGCUAUUGACCCAACACUUUCCAUUGAGAGAGAAAACGAGGGAGAGAGGCGAGGAGGAGCAGACAGGGGCGACCGUCCCCCGCCAAAGGCGCGCAGAGGCGGCGAUGGGCCGGCACGAGUCCGUCGGGAAGCGCAGGCUGGUGCCGCCGCCGGCCGUCGAGAUGGAGAGGCAGCUGUCGGCGGUUCUGGAGGCGGUCCAGACGGCGAGCGAAACGGCGAGGGCGGCAGCGGCGGUGGGCUUGGUGUGGGCAUCGGAGGACGAGGCGUCGCGGGCGGCAACAGCCGCGCGGGGCUCCGUCGGCUCGGCUCAGUGAGCGGGCUGCGGAGGGGCAAAGGCAGCUGGAGAGGCGCCCAGGCAAGCGAGCGGCCAGCCAUGAACAAUAGCGGCCAGCCGCCACAGCAGCAGCACCCCCCGACGGCUGCCAAGAGCCUGGCCGCUCCUCGAGCCAACAUGUUGAGUGCCUCCAAGCCUUUGGCAUUCUCCAUCGAGCGCAUCAUGGCCCGGACGGCCCCGGAGCCAAAAGCCCUGCCGUUGCUGCCCCACUUCUUGCAAGGAGGGGGCCCCAAAAGCGCCGAGCCGCACGUCAAGCCGCAGCAGCAACAGGCGGAGGCGGCACUCAGCCUGGCAUCUUCCAUCCCUUGCAUGAUCCCUUUCGUGCCGCUGGCCUACGAGCCCUUAGCCAAGGCGGGCUCGGAGCCCAGGAAGCCCCCGAUGGACCCGCCGCUGCCGCCCUCCCCCUCUUCUUCCUCGUCGGCGGCGUCUUUGAGCUGCGCGCUGAGCCUCAAGCCGCCGUCGGGGGACCUGCAGCCGCUGCAGCAGCACUACAAGCUUGUCCGGCCCCGCGUGGUCAACCAUUCCUCCUUCCACGCCCUGGGCACCCUGGGCUACUUCAGCCGCGCCACCGAGCCGCCGCAACCGCCGCCGCCGCCGCCGUCGGGCCUCAGCCUCCACCCGUUGGCGUCCUACUUCCUAGGCUCGCCGCUGCACGCCUCCUCUCCCGCCGCCUUGCACGCCCCGACGGCGCCCAAGGCCUACCUGGCGGAGAGGAACAAGCUGCAGGUGUUGCCUCCCGGCCCCGACAAAUACCCGACGCCGGCCUUCAAGGAUUUGGCGCACGCCCAGCUGCACAGCGCGGCAGCCGCAGCCGCAGCUGCCGCCGCCGCCGCGCACCUUCUGGCCACCGACAAGCUGCCCUUCAAGAACGUCGGGGCGGACUUCAGCCGCGGCUCGCCCAGCGCCAAGCCCAAAGUCUUCACCUGCGAGGUCUGCGGCAAGGCAAGUGCCGGAUCCGGCCCCUCUCCCAAAUCCGAUCCGUCAAGGCGGCCGUCGAGGCUGCUGUUUGCUGCGGCUGCUGCGCUGGCUUUCUCGCGCACCCUUUCUAAUCGCGUUUCUUGUCUCUUUCUGCUUUCACUUUCUGACCCCUCCCCUUCCCCCUUCAAGGUCUUCAACGCGCACUACAACCUCACGCGCCACAUGCCGGUGCACACGGGAGCCCGGCCCUUUGUCUGCAAGGUCUGCGGCAAAGGCUUUCGCCAGGCCAGCACACUCUGUCGCCACAAGAUCAUCCACACCCAGGUACCGACCGACCGCGCGCGAUCGCUCGCUCUCCCUCCGCUCUGCGCCCAGCAAACGCGCGGAUUUCCCGACCGCCGCGUACAAAGCCAGCAGCAACGCGCGGCUCCCACCCGACGGCUCCGCGCCGUGGCUCUGCAAGCCUCCUCCCUUCCCGUCCCUGGUCCGUCGAACUGGCCAGCAUCUGCCUCUCUCCCUCUGUCUGAGUUAGACUGUUCUGUCUCCUCGACGUGCGGAAUGUUUGUCUUCUGGAGGCAGUAACUGGAAAGCGAGCUGUUCGUCGUGUGUGUGUGUGUGUGUGUGUGAGAGAGAGAGAGAGAGAGAGAGCGCGCGAGGAGUGGGAGGGAAGAAAUACUAGUCUUUUUCCCUUUCUCCCCCUCCCCAACAAUAGUGCUUGGGUAUUGUCCCCUAGACAGCCACCUCUCCAAAUUUCCCUUCUCUCCCUUUUCCCCACCGCUGCCUCUCCGUCGGCUGUUUAUUUCACUAGGGCCACCAUCCUGAAAUGCGCUUCCUCGGAAGUAAGCCCGACUAAACUCACAUCCCACCAAGCGCGAUUAGGCUCCGAGUUCCAGCUUCGGUAUUCUCCCUCCCCGCAACCCCGCGCGAGUCUCCAACAGACUUGAGGGGCGCUCGCCGCCAGAGUUUAAACUUAACAGGACGAGGCCCUCUCGGGUAGCAAAGGAAGCUGAUCUUCUUUCCAAGCGAAAACAGCACCUUCCUCCCCAGUUCUUGCUGUCCUGGGGGUGGGGAAAAAGAGAGCCAGGAUUGUGCCCCGCUUGGAGAGAAGCUGCAAAACGGACUGGCUUUUGAUUGCGUUUGUCUCUCCUUAAAAUUUAAAAAAAAUAAAAUACAGGAGAAGCCUCAUAAAUGCAACCAGUGCGGGAAAGCGUUUAACCGGAGCUCCACGCUGAACACGCAUACGCGGAUCCACGCGGGCUACAAACCUUUCGUCUGCGAGUUUUGCGGGAAAGGGUUUCACCAAAAAGGUACGACUCUGCAUUCGAUGGCGUCGUUGUUGUUUCAGCGCGCGCGCGCGCACACACCCUUUUUUCCUCCCGUGUCCGAUGUUCAAAACGAAUAUGCUAAAAAAAAAAAAUCAAAACGGAUAUCAAACGGAUAUUUUUUAAGCGUGUCUAAAAUGUUACGCCAGCAUUAUUGUUUGUGUGAGCUCGGAGAGUUAUGUUGCGGGAAGACGAACGGAGGAUCCCCGCUGUUAUACAAAACCAGGAGCAAAAGAUAGAGAGAGAGAGAGAUAUCUAUUUAGCUUCUCCAGUUGUUGUUUUUCUGAGAUGGCCACUUCUGUUUAAUUGGGGUGAGGGGCAAAGCGUUAGUGUGGAUUUAAAAACGCGAGAACGAUUGCAAUUAUUGUGAGGAUAAUUGGGAUUAACAACUUAGUUUGUGCAGGUUUAUGCGGAAAUAAGUGCCACUGAUUUCCGUGGACUUGCUUAGAAAUAAGGCCGCAAUUUCCUGAACCCAGUGGGACUUAAUUGUGAGGCGGCGCGUAUAUUAUUGAAACCCAAGGCAGCGAUGUCUUGCACUCUUACCUGGGAGUAAACCCAGUUGAGCUCGACGGCACUUAUUUCCAAAUAAACGAACUAUAGGCUUGCAAGUGUUAACCGGAGUCUUAUGAGAGUAAACUCCGAAUAUUCUGCACGGUUCUGUUUGUAGAUGCAAAUUGCAAAAAGAAAACCCGGAUCCACAACGCACCGCUUCGGAUUAAGAUGGUUCCGCUUCGCAGAGGUGCAGGGAAUUAACAUUCCCAUCUUAAAUAUUUAUUUGUGAAGAAAAUCUUUAAAAAUAAAAAUCGUAGAUUUUGUUUAGUACCGCAUUGUGGAUUAUUCCAGUCCUAAUUUAAUCCACCCCAAAGCGGUUUGAUUUCGCUGGCUAACGAUUUUAUUUUAUUUUGCAUGAGGGAGAAGGAGAGGAAAGGGAUUUAAACCGCUUUAUUAUUUGGAGUACCCCGGUUCCUGAAGGUCAGUCUGGAAGUCAGUUCACGGAAUUUUGUCCAAAUAAGCGGCGUUUUGGAUCUCGGCACACAAACCGACUACCCAGGAGCGUCCCAAGAUUUCAGUUUCUUUGGAUUUUGGUGUCUGUCUGUUUGCGUGUGUGGUUUUUUGUUCGAUUGCUCGUUUGGUUCUUGUUUUAAAGUAGAAAAAACUAAAAAGAAUUUGAAUUCUUUCGACGGAAUGGACUCGGGAAUGCCAACCGAAGAAGUUAACCCGAGCUAGUUUUGUGUUGUUGUUUUCUUGUUUGAAGCGGGGUGUGUGGGUGUGUGCGCGCUUGGGCUGUGUGUGCUUGGGGGGCGGGAGAGGGUCUCCCCACGUGCCUCACUGAGCGCCUCGCCCUGUUGUUUGUGUCCCCCUCCCCACCAAACAGGAAACUACAAGAACCACAAACUGACGCACAGCGGCGAGAAGCAGUUUAAGUGCAAUAUCUGCAACAAAGCCUUCCACCAGGUGUACAACUUGACUUUCCACAUGCACACCCACAACGACACCAAGCCCUUCACCUGCCCCACCUGCGGCAAAGGCUUCUGCAGGAACUUUGACCUCAAGAAGCACGUCCGCAAACUGCACGACACCAACGGCAGCGGCGGCUCGAGCGUGGCUCCCUCACGAAGCGCCGUCGAGCCAGAACUGCAGCCGCCGCCGCCGCAGCCAAUGCUGCUUCACCGCCCGUGA